AUGUUAUCUCGACGUGUAGCCUUCAGCUUCAUUGGCCUACUGCUCUCGGGCCGUGCCGUCGUGUUUGCCCAAACCGCCAGCAGCCCUCCGGCGUGGCAGACUGGUUCCAUCACCGAAGACGGCGCAUGCGGUCCAAACAGCCCGGGAAAGUGGGUGUGCACACCCACAUGGGGCGCGUGCUGCGGCCCUGACGGCCUCUGCGGCCGCAAGGAAGCCUGCGGAACUGGAUGCCAACCCGGAUACGGCAACUGCAACGCACCGCCGUGGACGGGCACUCCCUCGCCCGACGGCUCCUGUGGCGGCACGUCUCUGUACAACUGCACGGGCUCCUCAUUCGGCGCGUGCUGCUCAGCAGGCGGGCAGUGCGGAGACACGGUGAGCCACUGCGGCACGGGUUGCCAGUCGCUCUUUGGCAAGUGCCCACCGAGCAACGUGACUACUGACGGCUCGUGCGGCAGCGCCAACGGCGGCAAGGUUUGCACGGGCGCGGCAUUCGGCGACUGCUGCUCGGCCAGUGGCUACUGCGGCAACACGACCGCCCACUGCGGCUCCAGCUGCCAGUCGACUUUCGGCACCUGCUCCGCCCCGUCCAAUGUCUCCAGCGACGGCACCUGCGGCGCCAACGGCAAAAUCUGCUCGGGGUCGGGCUUCGGCGAUUGCUGCUCGGCCCAGGGCUACUGCGGGGGCACGACCGGUCAUUGCGGCGCCGGCUGUCAGUCCGGCUUUGGAACCUGCUCCGCCCCUUCCAACGUCUCCAGCGAUGGUCGCUGUGGCGCCAAUGGAAAGACUUGCACCGGCUCUGGAUUUGGCACAUGUUGUUCGUCCAACGGUUACUGUGGCAGCACGACGGGUCAUUGCGCUGCUGGGUGCCAAUCUGGCUUUGGCACUUGCGAUAAUGGGAGCGGGAGUAUCUCGACUGAUGGACAAUGCGGAACCAAGAACGGAAAGACCUGUACCGGGUCUGCCUUUGGGACCUGUUGCUCGUCCGGCGGCUACUGCGGGAGCACAACAGAACACUGCGGUGCGGGAUGCCAAGCAGGCUUUGGGACCUGCAGCGCCGGAAGCGGGACCAUCUCAACGGACGGCCAAUGCGGCAGCAAGAACGGAAAAACCUGCACCGGGUCCGGCUUCGGGAAUUGCUGCUCGCCUGGUGGCUACUGCGGCAGCACCGCCGACCAUUGCGGUGCCGGAUGCGAGUCAGGCUUCGGUACGUGUAGCAGCGGAAGCAACAAUAUCUCGACCGACGGUAAGUGCGGGUCAAAUGGCAAGACAUGCGUCGGCUCCGCGUUUGGCACCUGCUGCUCGAGCGGGGGCAACUGCGGUAGCACAGCGAACCACUGCGGCCAGGGAUGCCAGAGGACCUUCUCGAGCUCGUGCAUCACAACCAACAUCCCCUCGGUUGACGGGAGCUGCGGCCCCAGCAAGGGCGGCUGGACAUGCAACGGGGGCAACUUCAACACCCAGUGUUGUAGCGCCGGCGGCUUUUGCGGGACGACGGGUGUCCAUUGCGGUACCGGGUGUCAAAACGGGUACGGGCGUUGUAGUUAAGGGUGCUGUGUACAAUGUCGAAGGGCAAACGGUGGCUUCGUGCUGAGAUAUCCACUUGUUACACUUAAACAACUAGCAAAUAUUUUGUAUGCAU